AAGGAAGUCAUGGGGGAGAAUCGUGGGAUCACGGACUCUCUUGCUGGUAAUGAAUUGGAAAUUGGUGAUGAAUUGGAAAUUAACAAGGGAGACCGUGACAAAAUCCACACAGUGGAGAAGCCAUACAAAUAUUUGGAGUGUGGAGAGAGCUUCAGUCAGAGUUCGCAUUCCACUUCCCAUCAAAGAAAUAAGAGCGGGAAGAAACCAAAUCAGUGCUUGGAAUGUGGAAAGAGCUUCAAUUCCAAGUGGAGUCUCACUUGCCAUCAAAGAAUCCACACUGGGGAGAAACCAUUUCAGUGCCAAGAGUGUGGAAAGAGCUUCAGGCAGAAGGAGAGUCUCACUUCCCAUCAAAGAAUUCAUACAUUGGAGAAACCAUAUCAGUGCUUGGAAUGUGGAACAAGCUUCACCUGGAAGGAAAGUCUCACUUCCCAUCAAAGAAUUCAUACAGAGGAGAAACCCUAUCAGUGUUUGGAAUGUGGAAAGAGCUUCAGUCGGAGCACCAAUCUCACUUCCCAUCAAAGAAUUCAUACAGGGGAGAAACCAUAUCACUGCACGGAAUGUGGAAAGAGCUUUAAUACAAGUGUAAGCUUCCGUCGGCAUCAAAGUAGUCAUCGUGGGGAGAAACCAUUUCAGUGCCAAGAGUGUGGAAAGUGCUUCAGUCAAAAGGGAAGUCUCACUGCUCAUCAAAGGAUUCAUACAGGCGAGAAGCCAUAUCAGUGCAUGGAAUGUGGAAAGAGCUUUUACCAGAGCUGCAAUCUCACUUCCCAUCAAAAAAUUCAUACAGGGGAGAAACCAUAUCAGUGCUUGGAAUGUGGGAAGAGUUUCACCUGGAAGGAAAGUCUCACUUCCCAUCAAAUAAUUCAUACAGGGAAGAAGCCAUAUCAGUGCAUGGAAUGUGGGAAGAGUUUUACCUGGAAGAAAAGUCUCACUUCCCAUCAAAUAAUUCAUACAGGGGAGAAGCCAUAUCAGUGCUUGGAAUGUGGGAAGAGUUUCACCUGGAAGGAAAGUCUCACUUCCCAUCAAAUAAUUCAUACAGGGAAGAAGCCAUAUCAGUGCUUGGAAUGUGGGAAGAGUUUCACCUGGAAGGAAAGUCUCACUUCCCAUCAAAUAAUUCAUACAGGGAAGAAGCCAUAUCAGUGCAUGGAAUGUGGGAAGAGCUUUACCCAGAAAAAAAGUUUCAAAGCUCAUCAAAGAAUUCAUACAGGGGAGAAACCAUAUCAGUGUCUGGAAUGUGGGAAUAGUUUCAGUGGGAAAGAUAGUCUCACUUCCCAUGAAAGAAUUCAUACAGGGGAGAAAUCAUAUAACUGCAAGGAAUGUGGACAGAGCUUCGCCUGGAAGAAAAGUUUAAUAGACCAUCAAUGGAUUCAUACAGGGGAGAAGCCAUAUCAGUGUUUGGAAUGUGGGAAGAGGUUUCAUAAAAGUGCCUAUCUCACGACACAUCAAAGAAUUCAUACAGGGGAGAAGCCAUAUCAGUGCAUGGAAUGUGGGAAGAGUUUCAGUCGGAAGUUCAAUCUCACAGUCCAUGAAAGAAUUCAUACAGGGGAGAAACCAUAUCAGUGCUUGGAAUGUGGAAAGAGGUUCAACAGGAAGUUCUAUCUCAUAGUCCAUGAAAGAAUUCAUACAGGAGAGAAACCAUAUCAGUGCAUGGAAUGUGGACAGAGCUUCGGUCAGAAGACCAGUCUCAUAGGCCAUCAAAGAUGGCACAGUGGGGAGAAACCAGACAAUGGCUGUCUAGGUGAGUUGUGGGCCAGCGUGGUCCGGGAUCGGUAUGAGUCCAAUGGGCACCUGGAGAGGAGGUCGCUCCAAGGAGACACCUGCCAGGUCCCAGAGGGAAAGGAUCCGUUUGCAGAAAUGGCCUUAGAUUCUUCUGAGUUGGUUUUAGGGCAUCGGGAAGAUUCUCCCCCGCCCAGAAAAGGGCACAGGGAGAGCAAAGAGGAGACCCCUCUAUUUGGCAAACUUGCACAGGCAGAAUGCUUUGAGGAACACUACGUGGAGUUCUACCGAUUUAAGGAAGUCAUGGAGGAGAAUCGUGGGAUCCUGGACUCUCUCAGUGGUGAUGAAUUGCUAAUUAAGAACGAGGAAGAGCAUGACGAAAUCCAAAUAGUGGAAAAUCCAUAUAUAUAUUCAGAUUGCUGGGAGAGCCUCUUUCAGAGCUCCCAUUCCACUUCCCUUCAAAACAUUCCCAUUGGGAAUAAGCCAUAUCAGUGCUUGGAAUGUGGAAAAUGUUUUGGGCAGCGUGCGCAUCUCAAGGGCCACCAGAUUCUUCAUACUGGGGAGAAACCAUAUCAGUGCUUAGAAUGCGGAAAGCGUUUCAGUCGGAGCACCCAUCUCACUUCCCACCAAAGAUUUCAUACAGGAGAGAAACCGUAUCAGUGCUUGCAAUGUGGGAAAAGGUUCAGUCAGAGUGCCAAUCUAGCUUCCCACCAAAGAUUUCAUACCGGGGAGAAACCCUUUCAGUGCAUAGAGUGUGGAAAGAAGUUCAGUCGGACAGCCAAUCUCAUUUCCCAUCAAAGAAUCCAUACAGGAGAGAAACCCUAUGAGUGCUUGGAAUGUGGAAAGAGCUUCAAUGCGAGUUCCAGUCUCACGGUACAUCAAAGAAUUCAUACAGGGGAGAAACCAUAUCAGUGCUUGGAAUGUGGAAAGUGCUUCAGUCAUAGGCCUGGUCUCACGGUCCAUCAAACUAUUCAUACUGGGGAGAAACCUUAUCUCUGCUCAGAAUGUGGAAAGAGCUUCAGUAAGAGGGCCCAUCUCACAUCCCAUGAAAGAAUUCAUACAGGGGAGAAACCGUAUCUCUGCUCAGAAUGUGGAAAAAGUUUCAGUCAGAGUUCCCAUCUCAAGGGCCAUCAAAGAAUUCAUACGGGGGAGAAACUGUAUCAGUGCUUGGAUUGUGGGAAGAGCUUCAGUCAUAGUGCCAAACUCUCUUCCCACAAAAUGUUUCACAUUGGGGAGAAACCAUUUCAGUGCUUGGAAUAUGGAAAGAGCUUCAUUGCGGGUUCUAAUCUUAAUGGAGACCACAACCAAAUCCACACAGUGGAGAAGCCAUAUCAGUAUUUGGAGAGUUCAGAGAUGUUCGAUCAGAAGGAAAGUCUCUCUUCAAAUCAAAGAAUUCACAGCAGGGAGAAACCCUAUCAGUGCUUGGAAUGUGGAAAGAGCUUCACCCAAAAAUUAAGCCUCAUUUCCCAUCAAAUUAUUCACACAGGGGAGGUACCAUAUCAGUGUCUGGAAUGUGGAAAGAGCUUUAAUACAAUUACAAACUUCCGUCGACAUAAGUAUAUUCACAGUGAGGUAAAACCGUUUCAGUGUUUGGAAUGUGGAAAGGGCUUCGGUCGGAAAGAAAGUCUCACUUCCCAUCAAAGAAUUCACACAGGGGAGAAACCCUAUCAGUGCUUGAAAUGUGGGAAAAGAUUCAGUCAGAGUGCCCAUCUCACUUCCCAUGAAAGAACUCAUACAGGGGAGAAACCCUAUCAGUGCUUGAAAUGCGGAAAGAGGUUCAGUCAGAGAACCCAUCUCAUUUCCCAUCAAAGAACUCACAUCGGGUAGAAUCAAAGGAUUGUAGAGUUGGAAGGCACCCAGUGCCGUCUGGUCCAAUUCACCUCUUACCAUCAGAACGUUUCCCCUCAUUUUUAGUUGGAAUCUGCUUUCUUGUAACCUGAAUCCAUUGGUACAUGUCCUACCCUCCAGAGCAAGAGAAAACAAGUUUGCUCCAUCUUCUAUGUGAUAGCUUUUUAGAUAUUUGAGGAUGCCUAUCAUCUCUUCUCUUUUUCAGUACAUACCCAAAUACCAUUACUGUUCCUCAUCAGGCUUGGUUUCCAGAACCUUGAUGAUCUUGGUUGCUCUUCUCAGAACACAUUCCAACUUGUCAAUAUCCUUCUUAAAUUGUGGUGCCCAGAACUGAACAAAGGACUCCAGGUGUGGUCUGAGGAAGGCAGAAUAGAUUGGUACUAUUACUUCCCUUGAUUGGGACACUAGACUUCUGUUGAUGCGGCCUGGAAUAGCAUUAAGUGAAUUUGCUGCUGCAUCACUUUGUUGUCUCAUGUUCAGCUUGUGGCAAGCCAGGAUACCCCACCUUAUAUUUGUGCAACUGGUUCUUCUUGCCUAACUCCAGAACCUGACAUUUGUCCUAUUUGAAAUCCAUUUAUUCAGCUUCAUGGCCAAAUUGGGAUUUGAACCCAAGUCUCCCAGGGUUCCUGAAACCCUUAUCACUAUACCUAAUCACUUGCUCUCUAGUAACUCUCUUGGGAAAUGUGCAUGCUUCUGCAUCUCCUUAAUGUUUGUGUGCAGUGUUCUGGUGUUUUGUAUUUAAAGUUGUAUACACCUGUGUCAAAGUAAUUAAUGUAAUAGUGGUAAGUAAGUAGAAUGGUGGUUUUAAGGAAUUUUUAGCUAGGGAGUGGGAGGGCGGGUUAGGAACGCUAAAGUCAGAGAUUAUUGGCUCCGAGUUUGAAAGCACCAAACUGAGCAGUUUUCACAUAAAUCACAACAAGAUCUAAGAUAAAGAUUUGGUCCAGAAACUUCAGCUGGUGCAGAAUUCAGCGGCCAGGUUGCUCACCGGAGCAAGACGGUUUGAGCAUAUUGCACCGAUCUUGGUCCAACUGCACU